AAAGAGUCAACGAGUCUACUCAACUAAAAUUAGCUCUAUAUAACCAAGGCAAAGCAACCAAACAGGUCUUCACCCUCUUCCCCGCUCCUCCAGCAAAAGCUUUUGUUUACAGAUUAAUGGCAGAACAUCCUUUCAGUCAGUCUUCGACUGUCAUCGAUCAUCUCAGUAGAGGUUACGAGCGUCUAACCCAGCUCCUCGCCCUCAUCUCCUCUUCACCGGCUAAUCCAAGCACCACGGCUCCGGCCAUGGUGCUCGUCGAUAAGGCUAUGUGCUGCAUCGCCGCCGCCCUCUCCGAGCUCCAAACCUCCUCACCCCGCAGCGUCGACUCUCCCACCGCAGCUGAAGACCAUAGGAAUGGUACCGAUUCUAAGAAAAGUAGGUGUAAGAAGAACGUUCAGUCAUGGACGAUUGUUACUUCAGUGCCUCAUUUUGAUGGCCAUCAAUGGCGCAAGUAUGGGCAGAAGCGCAUUCACAGCUCAGAGUUUCCUAGAAGCUACUACAAGUGCACUCACAGCAAAGACCAAGGCUGCAAAGCAACAAAGACCAUUCAACAAAAGGAAGACAAAAUCUCCAAUAAUCCUCCAAAGUACGUGGUCAGCUACAGCGUGCAUCACACCUGCAAAGCAAUAGAGACUCACGAAAUCCCCAUUGUCAUGGAUUCCUUAGCCAUAACAAAUGAGCAUUCUACUUCCAGUAGCCAAGCAGCAUCACCUGAUCUGUCUUCACCAGUAUUGCCUAAACCAGUAGCAGACAUCGAGCAGGUGAGUCCAAUAAUGGACUACACUGAACCUGAUCAUGGUGAGGCCAACUGGUUCGAGGGCUCGGGCCUCUUGUCGCCUUUUGCAGAUUCUGAUAUUGAUUGGGAGCGGCUCAUGAGCUAGCUGUGUGUGGUACCAGCGGGUUAGUAAGGGAAGGUGAGUUUAUAUUUAUGUGCAGGGGCUUAAGGGUUUGUUUAGGACGGUUUUCUUACAGCUUAAAACAGCUUUAUAGUACAAAAAUUUAUUUUUUUAUCUAAAAAAUUAGUUAAAAAAGCAAUAAAAAAGCUGUCCCAAA